UUAACAUCAAUCCAAAAAAUUGGUCAAGAACCCUGAGUAUUGUUUCAUUCGCGAGUUAUUUGUAGUUGAAUUGUUUAGUUGAAUUAUUAUAAAAGCAAUACCAUCAAACAUGUCUUCAGCGUGUUGUGGUACUAAGAAACAGAAGUUGAACAAUUCGUAUAAUGGUGUAGAUCGACCUUUAAAUGGCUAUCAAGAAUCCGUGGCUAUUCCUGAUAUGUGUUACUUUUGUUUCGAUGUUUUGUAUUGUCAGCUGCAUAGUAUGGACCCCCCACAAACGCCAAAUUUCACUAACGAUGCCUACCCAUUGUUUGUGACUUGGAAGAUUGGGAAGGAGCACCGGCUGCGAGGCUGCAUUGGGACGUUCAAUGCCAUGCAUUUGCAUUCUGGCCUCCGCGAGUACGCGAUAACAAGCGCCCUCAAAGACUCCCGCUUCUCGCCGAUCACUCGCGAAGAGGUGCCCCGCCUCACGGUCUCCGUGUCAAUCCUGCAGCAUUUUGAGGAGGCCGAGCACUACCUCGACUGGAAGCUGGGGAAGCAUGGCAUCAGGAUCGAGUUCAUCAGUGAACGAGGGUCGAAACGGACCGCUACUUACUUACCACAAGUUGCUACUGAGCAAGGUUGGGACCAAAUCCAAACAAUUGACUCGCUACUCCGGAAAGGUGGCUACAAGGCAGCCAUCACCGGUGACAUGAGACGCAGCAUUAAGCUGACUCGCUACCAAUCCGAGGAGAUUUCAGCCUCCUACAGCGACUACAUCAGCCAACGCUGCUAGCACCAACCUCUGCGUCUCCGGGGCCCGGUGACUGCCACAUCUCCCCAGAGACUAUGGGACCUAUCCAGAGGUUAUGUGGAAAACAGUUCGACUCAUCUAAGUGGUUAUAGUGCUAAGUUAGUAUAUAAGUGUAUAAAGGCAUGAUCAGAUUGUGCUCAAAGUGAACGCGUGUCUUAAUCUACACUGCCAACGACAUUCCGAACACCAAAGUUUGGGUAAUGUGUGUGAAUUCUUUUAUUUUAAGGCGGUAGUUGGGCGGGAAUGGUAUUGAAACAUCUUAGGGCCCAUUUCUCGGAGCUACAAGUUACAAUUUGCAAGUAGUGGUAGAUAGUCAAUGUCUAAUAUGACAAGUUGGAAAGAGCUUGUAACUUGUAUAUGUAUGUAAUGUACCUAGUACCUACUUUUAGUUUAUUCCACAAUCGAUUGGUUGAACGUGAACUUUGUAAAAAGAUUACAUUUGUAUAUUUUAGGUAUGGCAUUGCACAUAUAGCUUAAUUUACUUUUUUUUUUUCGAGUAUUUGACCUGGGAUCUUACCCGAAAUGCUUAUAAUGUUUACAUGUAUAAAAACAUGUUAUGCUUCACUUCAACAACAUUUUUAUUUUGAGAAGUGAAUGUUUUGGUUUAAAACGGAUGCGUGAUCGAGGAAAUCAUGUUUUGACUGAUGUAUGUUCUGGCAAAUGCAUUACUAAUGAACAGUUAACAGAAAAUGAAUAAUACAGGGUGUUUUUUAUAAAACACUUUAGGCAUCCAAGCUUUUAUGUCAUUGUUAUACCAAAUACUAUGUUUUAAUUUCAUAAUAUUGGCUUUGGUUAUCUCGAUAGUUACUAAUGAAAUAAAACUAUGAAAACGGAUUAUAUCGUGUAUAAUGAAGUUUUUUUUUUUCAGUAGAGAUGGUGCUUUGACAUUUCUUGACAGGUCGAAACUUCAGAGUGUCAUUGGUACUGAAAAAGUCGUACGAUGCACGUGCGAGAAAGAAAUUUAUAACUCGUGUCGAAUUAAAAGUCCGGUCCUGUUUUAAUUUAUCGCCACUCGUUUCGAACUUUGUUUUUUCCGCACUUGUAUCGUAAUGUAGUAUGUUCAUGCUGAAAUAAGAAUCAAUAUGGAUAGGAUAGUUUAGUAAGCAUUCUCGCCCAACAGUCGCGAAGACACGUCUUCCACUUUGACCGCAACCCUGAGUGUUGACAUCUGUUGUUGCAAUAAAACAGUUCACCGAC